AUGGAAGUUCUCACUGCUAUUGCUGGAAAAAUAGCAGAGUUAACUGUGAUACCCAUUGGUAGGCAAGUGGGAUAUUUAUUAUCUUACAAAGGAAAUUACAAGGAGCUGGAGGAUAAAAUUGAGGAGUUGAGGUCAACAAAACUUCGCAUAGAGCAUCGUGUUGACGAAGAAAGAAGGAAUGGAAAAGAGAUUGAAGUUGAUGUAGUAAGUUGGCAAGAAAGAGUUGAUGAGACCUUGAAAGAAGUCGAGAAGCUUCGUGAAGAUCAAACUCAUACUAGUGUACGGUGUUGGAAAUUGUCUUUUCCUAAUUUGAUAUCACGACAUCAAGUUGGUAGAAAAGCAAAGAAAAUGACAUUCACCAUUGCUGAACUGAAGGAAAAGGGGACGUUUGAUCGUGGAAUUGGGCAUGUUCCUGCUCCUGGCAAAGGAAGCUUAAUUUUUGCUACUCCAGGCAAUGAAAAGCUUGACUCAAGAAACUCAGUGAAGGAGCAGGUUAUUUUGGCUCUAAUCGAUCCAAAAGUAAGCAAAGUUGGAAUUUAUGGGUGGGGUGGAGUGGGGAAGACCACUCUAGCUAAAGAAGUUGCCAAACAUGUUAAGGAUGACAGGCUGUUUGAUGUGGUGGCUAUGGCAACUGUAUCCCAAACUUUGGAUGUUGAAAGAGUUCAAGAUGAGAUUGCAUAUCAAUUAGGCUUCCACUUGGAUGAGAAGACCUCCAUUGGAAGAGCUGACCGCCUAUGUGCAAGGAUAAAAUUGGAGAAAAAUAUCCUUAUCAUACUAGAUGACUUGUGGGAGGAAAUUGAUUUGGACAAGCUGGGAAUUCCUCCUGAGCAAGAUCUUAAGGGUGGAAAAUUUUCAUUGACUUCUAAACGUUUAGAUAUGCCACAGAAGAAUGAAACUUAUCAGGGUUGCAAAUUAUUGUUCACUUCUAGACGUUUAGAUAUUUUACAAAAGAAUGAGACUCAAAAGAACUUUGUUGUUGAGGAAUUGAAUAAUGCAGAAUCAAGGAGUUUGUUUGAAGAUAUAGUUGGUGAUGCUAUUAAAGAUGCACAUUUGCAAAAGAUAGCCACCCAAGUGGUUGAAAGAUGUGCAGGUCUGCCUGUUAUGAUAGUCUCAAUUGCAAAGUCAUUAAAACAUAAUAAGAAUAUUCAUUAUUGGAAAGCUGCCUUGAACAACUUAAAGAGAGUUGAUAAUGGGGACAUGUAUGGGACUGUUUUUUCAGCCUUUGAAUUUACUUACAAUCGAUUGGAAGAUGAUCAAAUGAAGAAAGUAUUCUUGCUUUGUGGUGUACAUGGACGACCCAUGGUCGUCCGUGACUUGUUGAAAUAUGUAAUUGGUUUGGGUAUUUUGAAGUACAUAGAUACCCUUGAAGAGGCAAGAAACGAACUAUAUAAAAUAAUUGAUCACUUGAAGGCAUCUUGUUUGUUAAUUGAGGAUGAUGCAAGUGAGAGCAAUGUGAUUAAAAUGCAUGACCUUGUUAGCGAAGUAGCUGUUUCAAUUGCUCGUAAGAAUGAAUAUGUUUUUGUGCUGAGAAAUGGCAGGAUGCAAGAUUGGCCAAGCAGGGGAUUUCUUGAAAGGUGUACUCAAAUAAUCUUAGAAAAUUUUUUUAUCCAAGAGCUUCCUCAAAAAUUAGAGUGCCCUAAUUUGAAGUUUUUUCACUUACAAUACCCUGAUAAUUGCACUCUGGAAAUUCCAGAAUCCUUUUUUGAGGGAAUGAGAAACCUUGAAACAUUAGAUUUGACAGGCUUGGUGAUGUCUUCAUUACCUAAAUCUCUUGGUUCCUUGACCAAACUUAAAACAUUAUGUUUGGAUGAUUGCACUCUAAAACAUAUGGCCGGAAUAGGUGAUUUAAUAAAUCUAGAAGUUCUUAGUCUCAUUAAAUCAUUCAUAGAGGAGUUGCCGAGCGAAGUACAACAGCUGUCUCGUCUGAGAAUGUUGGAUCUGAGCAAUUCUAUAAUUAAGACUAUCCCACCCAAUAUUUUGUCCAAUUUGACUAAAAUAGAGGAACUCUAUAUGGGCAACGCCUCAAUUAAGUGGGAGGAGGAAAGUUCAACUAAACAAAAAAGUGCUAGUCUUGUUGAGCUUAGGUGUUUGACAAGUCUGACUGCUUUAGAAAUUCAAGUUCGUGAAUUUUGGAUGUUGUCGAGGGACAUGAUGUUUAACAAGUUAGAAAGAUAUAAGGUUGUCAUUGGAGAUAAAUGGGAAUGGUCAAGCAACAAAAGGAUCUCAAGGUUGAUAAAGCUAAAGCUUGACACUAGCAUUCAUUUAGAACAUGGAAUUAAAUCAUUGAUUAAACGAGCAGAAGAUUUGUACUUAGAUGAAGUCAAAGGAAUUUCGGAUGUGCUUUUUAAUUUGAAUGGUGAAGGAUUUCCGCUACUAAAGCAUCUCCAUAUCCAAAAUAAUGGCCAACUUCAACAUAUUAUCAACACAACAAAGAGGGAUGAAACUCAUGUUUUAUUUCCAGAAUUGGAGACGUUGAUAGGUCACAAUCUAAAAAACUUAAUGAAGAUAUGUCAUGGCCCACUUCCUGUUAAUUCCUUUGGCAAAGUAACAGUCAUCAAAGUUCAAAGUUGUGAUAAACUAACAUUUCUCUUCUCUGUUAUAAUGGUGAAAGCACUCUCUCACCUCAUUGAGCUCCAGGUUUCGAAAUGUAGUUCAAUGAAGAGGAGAAUGAUGAUGGUGGAAUAA